AGCCGGAGCCACCAAGUCCAAAACCCUAAACCCUCACACUCAACUCUGACAUUUCUACCUGCACGAAGCUAUGAGCAAGGUGGGCUCGUCGCUGUACAGUCGCCUCCAUGGAAUCUUCAAAGAUUCUUCAAUCGCCACAGCUAAGUCGGCAAAACCUAAAAGCCAAACCAAAUCCAACAAAUUCCCUAGUAAAUUGAAGGCAUCCACCGCUUCUUCCACCUCUGUAGGAGACGGAGGCAAUUUGUCGAAUGACGCCAAGGAAUCGAAAAAUUCGAAAUUGACGAAGAAAGUAGAGAAGUUCAAGAGAUCUUGUGAGUCGGAGGGUUUCCGGCAAGUCCAUGGACUCUACAGUGCGUUUAUUCGCCGUCUCAGGGAAGCAAAGAAGUUCUCAACAAUCCAUGAAGUUCUUCAAUACCAGAAGAAGUUCGAUGACAUAAAGUCGGAGGAUUUCGUUAUCCGUAUAAUGCUUCUUUAUGGAUACUCAGGAAUGGCGGAACAUGCUCACAAGUUGUUCGAUGAAAUGCCUGAGCUAAACUGUGAACGAACUGUCAAGUCGUUCAAUGCGCUUUUAUCUGCUUAUGUUAAUUCAAGGAAGCUGGAUGAGGCCAUGAAGGCCUUCAAGGAGUUGCCAGAGAAGCUAGGUAUUACUCCUGAUUUGGUUACUUAUAAUACCAUGAUCAAGGCACUUUGCCGUAAAGGCUCUAUGGAUGAUAUAUUAUCUAUCUUUGAGGAAUUGGAGAAGAACGGGUUUGAGCCUGACCUGAUCUCUUUCAACACUCUGUUAGAAGAGUUUUAUAGGAGGGAAUUGUUUGUUGAAGGAGAUAGGAUUUGGGAUUUGAUGAAAUCCAAGAAUCUUGCUCCCAACAUUAGGAGUUAUAACUCUAGAGUGAGAGGUCUGACCCGGAACAAGAAGUUCACUGAUGCAAUUGACUUGAUCAAUGUUAUGAAAACUGAAGGGAUCUCCCCAGAUGUUCAUACAUACAAUGCUUUCAUCACGGCUUACCGCGGUGAUAACAACCUUGAGGAGGUUAUGAAAUGGUACAAUGAGAUGAAGGAGAAGGGUCUGACUCCUGAUACAGUGACUUACUGUUUGUUAAUCCCUCUUCUCUGCAAGAAAGGUGAUCUAGAUAGAGCGGUUGAGAUAUCCGAAGAGGCCAUCAAACACAAGGUCCUGUCUCGCCCGAACAUGUACAAACCCGUGGUCGAGCGUUUGAUGGGUGCAGGCAAGAUUGAUGAAGCAACACAGCUAGUGAAGAAUGGCAAGCUACAGAGUUACUUUCGGUACCUACCAGACUUGUCCGCUGGAGUUUACUCUGUGGAUUUCGUGAGUGACGACAACUCAAUGAAACUCAAGGCGAGAGUUAACCCUAAUAUAUUGUUGGCUGUUAUUGAACGGUACGGUGAACAUGGAAAGAUCACUAAUCUCAGUUUCCACGGCGAAGUGAUGACUCCUCGUGGCGGUGGCGGUUAUUACGGUCAAUCAGGAUAUUACAUUCCUUCCACCGCCCGUGGUAAUUAUGCAUAUCCCUCGUUGUACCCAUACCCUCCUCCGCCGUAUGUUUAUGGCGGAAACUAUGCUCACCCUGCGUCUAAUCCGCCGCGCCAUACGGAGGCACCACGGCAGGUGACUAACCCGCAUACAACACCGCCGUCUUAUAGUCUACCGGCGCCACCGUCAAGACCGGUGCAUAGUUACGCUUACGUAGAACCGCAGUAUCGGACGUCGGGUUCGUCGGGUAAAGGAUGCGUGAUCAUGUAAUGUCUCAUUGAGGAAGAUGAAGUUUCUUUUUUUUUUUGUCUCAUAACCACGUUUUGGUUUAUAUUCUUGAUCGCUGGUUUUUAAAGCGAUUGCGUCAUAGACGUGGAUUCUGAUUUUUU